AUGGCGGGCAUGAACUCACCAGGUGCCGGUCCUAACACCCCGGUGCCCUCUAAAGACACCGGCUUCACACCAGGCGAUGACACUUGGACACAGAUGAAGAACAUGUUCUCUAUUCUGACCGGCAAUAUGACAGAGGAGGGAAAGGAACAAUUUCUACUAGCGCGGGAUAUUCGAAAUGAAGAAAGUGAUUGUAAACGUUGUGAGGAUCAGCGUGAUUAUCUUAUAAAGUACAGUCCCAUAAUCAGAUUUCUCCAAGAUAACAUCAGGCAACUGGGCGGCGAUAUAUCCAGUCACAACAUCCAUUGCCGUCGUUGCACGCAGCGACAAGCCGGCGGCUUCGACCCGCAGUACGGCAUACGGAUAUGCGCAAAUGCAAUGAAGGACCAGGGACAUCUAGAGGAUACAAUGGCACAUGAGAUGAUGCAUGCGUACGAUCAUUUACGGUUCAAGUUGGAUUGGACGGAUAAUCUGAGACACGCUGCUUGCACUGAGAUCCGUGCGAGUUCGUUAAGCGGAGAAUGUAGAUGGGCGCGAGAGUUCUUCCGACGAGGCCAGUGGAAGUUAACGCAGCAACAUCAAGAAUGCGUCCGGCGGCGCGCGGCCUUGUCAGUCAUGGCACGACCGGCCUGCAAAGAUGCGGAGCACGCAAAACAGGUCGUGGAUGAAGUUUGGGAUAGCUGUUUUCGAGAUACCCGCCCCUUCGAUGAAAUUUAUCGAUAAGGAAGAGAGAUUUGGGUGUUUUGGAGUUACUUUCCCCCUAUUUUUGUUCUUGUACAGUAUUAUAUGAAUACCAGUGGGAAGGCUCGAACUAGCGUAUCUUGCAGAGCAAGGCGGAGU